UAUUUUAAAUUUUAUUGAGAGGGGAAUAUUUCUUUAUAAAAUGAUGAGAAACCAAACAUCAGGGCUUGUAGGUACGCAAGGCCUGGCUUAUGCUACUAGCCAGAGGAAGGGAACAACACUUGAGGACUGGAGUCUAACUCCUUCUGGGUAUGUUAGAUUUAGGCAGAUUGAUAGAGCAGAUAUGAUGUCAAAUGCUGCAGAAGCCCUGCUUCCACCACAGGCAGAUGCCCAUGAUAGAGGGCUCUUUGAGUUGGCAGAUUAUAGGCACAAUUCUAUUGGGGGUUCUAAAAAUAAAACCAAGAAGUCACGCAGGUGCUAUUCUAGUAGAAGGAACCCAAAGGAUAUCUAUAAAGGGGAAAACUGGACUUUAAAAUUUAAAAUGGUACAUGCUGAUUCUAAGAUUGUGAAGGCCAUCCUUCAAGCUCAUGAGUUUGAAGAAAUUCAAGGGCAUGACUGGAAUAUACUAUGGACUAAUUCUAUUGGCAAACCCUAUCUAUAUACAGGUCUUAAUGAGUACCAGAAAGUAAAUCAUUUUCCUUCCUCUUAUGAGAUCACUCGUAAAAAUAACUUUGCGAAUAAUGUACAUACGAUGAUAACUCAGUUCGGAAGAAAGGAAUUUGAAAUAAUCCCAGAAACUUAUGUCCUUCCUGGAGAAUUCGGAAAUUUCUUUGAUAGCUUCAAAAAGAGGGAAAACAACGAGAAAACUACUGAAAAUAUCUGGAUUGUCAAAGCUAAUGCUCUCUCAAGAGGUCGAGGGAUUUAUCUAGUCAAUGAUCCGGCACAGGUAAACAUGGAGUCUCCAUGUGUUGUGAGUAAGUAUAUCUCAAACCCUCUGCUCAUCAACAACCAUAAGUUCGACUUGAGACUCUACGUACUAGUAACCUCAUUUAACCCUUUAAGAAUUUACCUGUAUAAAGAAGGACUUGCUCGAUUCUGAAGUGAGAAGUACAACUUGGAUAAAUCUCUCAAGAACAAGUUCAUGCAUCUAACUAAUUAUUCUAUUAACAAGAAGAAUGCAAAGUUCAUUAAGAACACAAAUGAUGAGGAUGAUGGAUAUGGCUCCAAAUGGUCUCUUACUGCCCUUAUCAAACACCUUGAUAGUAUUGGUUGUGACACUAGUAAAUUAUGGAAAAGAAUUACUGAUAUCAUAAUCAAAUCAAUCAUCUCAGGAGAGAAACAUAUUUCUUCAGCCGUUAAGAGGAACUUGGAGCAUAGAGGCACUUGAUUCGAGCUCUUUGGAUUCGAUGUGCUGAUAGAUAGCAACUACAAACCUUGGGUAAUGGAGAUUAACCUAUCCCCCUCACUCGCAUGUGAUGCUCCACUAGAUUUUAAAAUAAAAUCAAAAUUGAUCUAUGAGACCCUCAACCUUGUAGGAAUAAAGCAGUUUGAUAGAAAAGAAGAAGCGCGAAAGAAGAUUAAAAGCAGGACAAGAGCUGGACUGAACCACUUAACAAAAGGGCCACAGUUUAGUCAACUUCCUACUCCAGCCCAGAUUCUUAAAGCACCUAUUGAGAUUUUUGGUUCAGGCUUCUUAAACAAAGAUGAGAUUCAUACCAGAAGUAUGGCUGAUACAGAAAAAUUAUCAAUUGAUGAAGAAACCCGAGGAAUUAUUAAUGAUAUGGUUGAGAACAAUCUUAAACUCUCUGAAGGACAGAUUUAUGACAUUUUUAAGAAAGUUUCGCAUAAAUAAAAAGGAAGUUUUGAGAGAUACAAUCAUGGAAAAUCAAAGAAUGGGUGAUUUCACCAGAAUUUUUCCUUCAAAGGGCACUGAUAAAUAUUUCAAGUUCUUUAGCAAUCAAAAUAACUCUAACAAGUUGACUUAUGACUUUCUGUAUAAUAUCAAACAGCAAGAAGAAGAGAAGGAAACUUCCGCUACAAAUAUGGGGAUUAAUAAUUUCUUUGAACCUCAGAUAGAGGACUCAGUAUUCUGUAAUACCAACAAGCAUUUCCUAGAUCUAGAAGCCAAGCUACGCCCACUUAAGCAGCGGCCAGACUCUGCUGCGAAUGCAAUGAGAUACAGAGGAAUUUCUAUUAACGAUAGUAAUAUGAGUACUAGAUCUAGUACGAAGCCAAACGAGUCAAUCUCUAGUAUCAAUGGUCCUGUGAAGAAGAAGUCAACUGAAGAUAUUUUAAUAGAUUACUUCCAAGGCAUACUUGAUAAUAUCAAGAACCAGUUUGUAUUUUUCAAGGACAAAGAUGCACCAGUGAUAAACUUCGAACAACUUGAGGGCUUGAAGACGAUGAAUAUGCCAAUUUCGUCCAUUAUCAACCAGACUCACAAAGCACGGAAAAGGGCCCGUAGCUCUUAUGGGAGGAAUAAGAGGAGUAAUACUCAGUCGAGCCAAGCCUAUUCUACAUAUCUAGUCCAGAAAUUUGAUAGCUUGUCUAAGUACUUCAGCAUGACGGUGAAGGACUUGAUGAAUGAUAAGCAUGAGCAGGGCAUUUUGUCUAAUUCGCUCAUUGCUAUGAUUAACCGCUUAAGGUUAGUGAAGCCGAGAGUUGAGAAGAGAAGGAACUCGAGGACUAAUUUUAACCUCAGCGUGCAUGACUCUUUUAGCGGUAAACAACCGAUUCCAGCAAUAGGCAGAAUGAGAAGAGUGAAUUAUAACGGUAUCCCAAGGCCAAAUAGAGCUUUGACUGCAAAAUACCGUCCUGUGAAGACACAGAAGUCAUUUAGACCGCCUACAGCAGGUAUGGCAUCGAAGAAGUUCCUUCCCCCAAGACCAUCUGCAAAGAAGUACUCAAAACCAAGAAUGAAUUCUGCCUCAGAGAAUAAAUUUUUGGGACCAAUUGUGACUAAACUAGCUGGGUCACAGUCAAGAUUAUUAUAAUUUUCAAUAAUGAAUCACCA